UCAGCUCUCUCUUCGCUCCGCCGCAGCCGCUGCCGGCCGGGAGCCCAUGGGAGGCGGCUGGGAGGUUUGGGGGGGUUCGGGUGGGCGGCGGGGAGAGGUCGCCGGGCCCUCGCUGUCUUUUCCUAUCCCGGCCAUCGCGCUGCGCUGGGGGUGUUGAGAGCCACGGGAAUCCCGUCCCGCGUGGGCAGCGGGAGGAUGGAGAACAAGGCCAUGUACCUGCACACCUUCAGCGAGAGGGAGAACGGAUCCAUCUUCGAGGAGCCCUUCGAGGGCAGGAGCCUCUCCAAGCUGAACCUCUGCGAGGACGGUGCCGGGCACAGGAUGAAGGCAGCCGGGCGCUGCGGGCGGCUGGGCUCCCUGGCAGCACUCAAGUAUGCUGUGCUGGGACUCUACCUCCUCGUCUUCCUCAUCCUCGUUGGUGUUUUCAUCCUUGCAGUCUCCAGGCCGCAGACUUCUCCUGAGGACCUGAAGGCGUUGAUGGGGAAUGUGAACCGCCUCAAUGAGAGUUUCCGGGACAUGCAACUGAAGCUGCUGCACCUCCCUCUGAAAGGGGAUGUGAUGGAUCACAUCUGGAGGCUCCAGGACCUUCUCCAGAACCACUCGGACUCCUUGUUCCUCAUGACGGGCUCGCUGCAGAAGCUGGAAGGCCUUCUGUGGAGCCUGCAGACCCAGGCUGGCCAAACCGAUAGGGCCGUGGCCAAUCUGUGGGACAGCCUGGCCCUGCAGGGCGAUGCAGCCCAGCAGGAGCUCUACAAGCUCUCAGUGGAAAGCAACAACAGCCGGCUGCUGCUGCAACACCACGAACACCUCUUGAGCCACUUGGGCAGCAGGCUGGAGGGUCUGAGCGAGCAAGUGACAGCCGUCAGCGGAGCCGCCGAUGCCAUGAACAGGACCUUCUCCUACGAUGUCAACGUCCACCACAGCCGCAUCCAGGACCUGCAGGUACUGAUCAGCAAUGCCACUGAGGACGCCCGGCGGAUGCGGCUCAUCCACAUCGCCAUGGAGGAGCAGCUGAAGCACGAGCUGGCCAUCCUCGGCAACGUGACGGAGGACCUGCGUCUCAAGGACUGGGAGCACUCCAUUGCACUGAAGAACAUCUCCGUCAUACGGGGGCCCCCAGGACCCAAGGGAGACCCUGGCCAUGAAGGGAUGGAGGGGGAGCCUGGCCGGCCCGGCCCACCCGGCCUGCGAGGGAUGCCUGGGGAGAGAGGACUACCAGGACCACGUGGCUUGAAGGGGGACAAAGGAGACUUUGGCCCUAUGGGUCCAGCUGGGAUGCGGGGAUUCAAAGGUGAUCGAGGACCAAAGGGAGAGAAGGGAGACCGAGGCAGCGACAUGGCAGCUGCUGCCGAGGAGGGGUUGAUCCGGUUGGCCAACGGCUCGGGACCCCACGAGGGCCGCGUGGAGGUUUUCCACGACCGCCGUUGGGGCACGGUGUGCGAUGAUGGCUGGGAUAAGAAGGAUGGGGACGUGGUGUGCCGGAUGCUGGGCUUCCGAGGCGCCGAGGAGGUGUACCGCAUGGCCCGCUUCGGCCAAGGCACGGGCAGGAUCUGGAUGGACGACGUCUCCUGCAAGGGGACUGAGGACAGCCUGCUGCUCUGCAGCUUCUCCAGCUGGGGCAAGACCAACUGCGGCCACGCAGAGGAUGCGGGCGUCAAGUGUGUGACGCCGUGACAGUGAGGACACCCAGUGCUCCUCACCUGCAUUUCCCAAAAGGUUUUAUUGGAGAAAUAAAUGCUUUUUUUU